AUGAGGGCCACGACCAGGAGGGCCGGAGCGUCGCCGCUGCCGCCGACGGCGCUGCUGCUGCUGGGCGCGUGGGUGUCGGGGCUGGCCGCCCUCGCCCCUCCCGGCGACAACGGUGUGGAGAGGUGUGAGCGGAACGAAUUCCAGUGUGGGGUUGGCGGAUGCAUCCCUUACAAGUGGCUUUGUGAUGGCAAGGCAGAGUGCCGGGACGGCUCUGACGAAUCCCAGGAGGCCUGCCGAUCCAUGACUUGUGACCCCGGGCAGUUCAGCUGCGGCGGCCGCAUAAACCGUUGCAUCGAUGUGUCCUGGCGGUGUGACUCGCAGGUGGACUGUGAAAAUGGAUCUGAUGAGGAGAACUGUCCCCCUAAAAGUUGCGCAGCUGGUGAAUUCCAGUGCCAGAAUGGGAAUUGUAUUGCUACGGCUUUUGCCUGCGACAAAGAUGACGACUGCGGGGAUGGAAGCGAUGAAGCCGACUGCCCGGCCACUGCCUGCCACCCGGAAAUGUUCCGGUGCAACAACUCCGAAUGCAUCCCCAAGCUCUGGGCCUGUGAUGAGGACCCUGACUGCAAGGACGGGUCGGACGAGUGGCCGGAGCACUGCGGAGCCCAAGGAGAGGCCAGGAAAGCCAGCCCCUGCUCCCCGCUGGAGUUCCACUGCGGGAGCGGAGAGUGCAUUCACCAGCGCUGGAAGUGCGAUGGAAGCUUGGACUGCCGGGAUAAAUCGGAUGAGGCCAGCUGUGUGCAAGCCACGUGUCGCCCGGAUGAAUUUCGCUGCGAUGAUGGGACGUGCAUCCACGGGAGCCGGCAGUGCAACAAGGAGAACGAUUGCAAAGACCUGAGUGACGAGGUUGGCUGUGUCAACGUAACAACCUGUGAAGGAACAAACUCAUUUAAGUGCCAUUCUGGAGAAUGUAUCUCUAUGGAAAAGGUCUGCAAUUUGCAGAGAGACUGCAGCGACUGGUCGGAUGAGCCCCUAAAGGAAUGCCGAACAAACGAAUGCUUGGCCAACAACGGUGGUUGUUCUCAUAUAUGCAAUGACCUGAAAAUUGGAUAUGAGUGUUUGUGUCCUGAGGGCUUCCAGCUGGUGGAUCAAAGAAGAUGUGAAGAUAUUGAUGAAUGCCUCAACCCUGAUACCUGUAGCCAAAUCUGUAUAAACCUGGAAGGAAGUUACAAGUGUGAAUGUAACAAAGGCUAUCAGAUCGACCCUGCCACCAAGAUUUGCAAAGCCAUUGGCACGAUUGCAUACCUUUUCUUCACCAACCGCCAUGAAGUCAGAAAGAUGACUCUGGAUCGCCGCGAGUACACCAGUUUGAUACCCCGUCUCAAAAAUGCAGUGGCUUUGGAUAUGGAGAUUGCCAGAAACAUAGUCUACUGGUCUGACCUCUCUCAGAAGAAAAUAUACCGCACCCCCAUCGACAAGGCGGGCAACCAUUCCCAUCAUUCCACGGUGAUCGGGAGCGGCAUUCAAGAUCCAGACGGCCUGGCAGUGGACUGGGUGCACGGCCUCCUUUACUGGACCGACUCCAGCCUGGGCACCGUCUCCGUAGCCAGCUCGGAAGGCCUGAAGAGGAAGACCCUGAUCAAGGAGGAGGGGGCCAAGCCACGGUCCAUUGCAGUCGAUCCGGUGCAUGGAUUCAUGUACUGGACUGACUGGGGAUUGUCUGCUAAAAUUGCCAAAAGUGGUCUGAACGGCGUCGACAGCUUUGCCCUGGUGAAAGAAGGUGUUCAGUGGCCCAACGGCAUUACCCUGGAUCUGGCCAACCAGCGUCUCUACUGGGUGGAUUCCAAGCUCCACUCUCUCUCCAGCAUUGAUGUGAACGGGAGAAACAGGAAGACCAUCCUGGUGAACGAGGAGAAGCUGGCCCACCCUUUCGCCGUCACGGUCUUCGAGGAUAAAGUGUUCUGGACAGAUUUAAUGAAUGAAGCCAUUUUCAGCGCCAACCGUAUCACUGGCUCAGAUAUUGUCAAAGUGGCCGAGGAUCUGUUUUCACCUGAGGCCAUGACUCUGUAUCACCACGUGCGGCAGCCAAAAGGUGUCAAUCAGUGUGAGAAGAACAGCAUCCCCAAUGGAGGCUGCCAGUACCUGUGCCUUCCUGCCCCGCAAAUCACUCUUCACUCUGCCAAGUACACCUGCACCUGUCCUGACGGCAUGCACCUGGCCUCAGACAUGAGAAGCUGCUCCACAGAUAACCUUGUUCCCAGCGGCCCAGCUGCUGUCAACAUCACAACUCUGCAACCCACCACGAGGACCACAACUGUAGGGAAGUACGUCCUUAAUGCCCCCUCUGUGCCAAGCAAACGUGCCACAGACCGUCCGGGACAUACCACACCGACAGUGGUCACUCUGUCCCAGCAAGCUCGAAACGGCAUCGCUGCAGAAACCAGUGAUGAGAAACAAGGUAGCCGGACGGCGCUCUCGAUCGUCCUUCCCCUGGUGCUGAUCAGUUUAAUCUCCUUUGGAGUCUUCCUGGUUUGGAAAAACUGGCACCUCAAGAAUACCAACAGCAUUAAUUUUGAUAACCCCGUCUAUCAGAAAACGACGGAGGAUGAGGUUCACAUUUGCCGGAGUCAGGAAGGAUACACGUACCCAUCGAGACAAAUGGUUAGUCUGGAGGAUGACGCAGCGUGAACCUUC